UGCAACUGUGUUUCAGCCGAAAGUUUGCAUUUUUAGGCAACACGUUUUAUUACCACGUAGAGCUGUCGACGUUUUUGAACAACUUUCUUUGAGAUGUUUGGAUUGUUGUCGGGGACGCCAUUGUUUUCUGUUUGCAACAGAAGAUGAUGAUGUAUGGCAAGUUUGUAUGAACCUCACUUCAUAGUGCACUGUCCAGGGCAUCCCUGAUGUUUGGCAAGGGCAGAUCCUGUCAUCCCGUUCCGGAGAGGGGACUAGCGGAGAUCAACCUGGCCGUGUUGGGAGUCGCUGGCUCCGGGAAGUCAGCGCUCAUCGUCAAGUUCCUGACCAGGCGCUUCAUCACAGAAUAUGACCCCAACCUGGAGGACACGUAUGCUUCAGAGGAGGUAGUGGACCAGCAGCCUGUGCUCAUCAAGGUCAUGGACACCGCAGACCAGGACGGUCCAGUGAACCCGGAGCGUUACCUGUGCUGGGCGCAUGCGUACCUGGUGGUGUACAGCAUUGAGGACCAGUCUUCUUUCCAGGGCUGUCAGGCCUACCUGAACACACUCACCCAGAGCAGCCGGCCCGACGCACCAGUGCUAUUACUGGGGAACAAGAUGGACAUGGACCGAUACAGGCAGGUGAGUAAGUGUGAGGGCGCCGCGCUGGCCGCUCGGUUCGGCUGCGUCUUCUUCGAGGUCUCGGCUUGUCUGGACUUCCUCUCCGUUCAGCACGUCUUCCACGAGGCCGUGAGGGAAGUGAGGUCACGCGAGGCCAUGAGGUCACUUCCUGUUCGGCCCCUCUUCAUCACCGAGGACCGCCCCCUCCUGGGUCACAUGACCGCGACCCCCCAGGUGGCCCCGCCCUGUUUUAAGGAGAUGCCCGCCCCCGCCACGGCCAAGCUGGUGACCGUCAAGUCGUCUAGAGCUCAGAGCAAACGCAGAGCCCCCACACUCACACUGCUCAAGGGAUUUAAGAUCUUCUGAGAUGGGGGA